AUGGUUAUACUCGAAGAUAUAGAGAGGAAUGAUGCGCCUGAGAAAUUGAGACAUACACCGUCUGGCCUCCUGCUAGUUCCACAACCCAGCAGUGACGCGGCAGAUCCGUUGAACUGGCCACUGCGCAAGAAAAUCGGUAUCUUGGGAUUGGUUUCAGUGUGUACUUGGAUCGGAAUUGCGCAGACUUUGGCCAACCAGUCGGGGUUUUUCGCGCAGGCGAAGGUUUACCACAAGGCUGUGAAUGAAUUAUCCUACUCGGCAUCGGCUGGGAUCGCCGGGCUGGCAACCGGUCCCUUCCUAUGGGCAAUCCUGGCCCAGCGGAUUGGGCGGAGCUCUUGUAUCUUCUGGGGUCUGCUUGGGAUGCUGGGAUGUAGUGUCUGGUCCGCGUGCAUGACUGGAGAGAAUGACUACAUCCCUUUUAUCAUCUCUCGCUGGGUCGGUGGGACGUUCGGCUCUGUCGCCUCGACUAUCGGAGCUGGUAUUGUUUUGGACCUCUUCUUCCUACAUCAGCGUGGAAAAGCAUUCGCUGUUUACGGCAUAUGUACCCUGUUCGGUGUCCAGUUUGGUCCGACAUUGAGUGGGUUCAUUGUCGAAUAUGCACCCUGGUCGGUCCAGUUCUGGUGGGGUGUUGGCGCCGAGGGAUUUCUUGCAAUUAUCGUGUUUCUAUUUCUAGAGGAGACUGGAUUCUCGCGUGAUGGAAAGGUAUACCCUCGUCUUCCUAAGGAGUGGUUCCCCAACCGAAUUGCUACUUUCUUGCCGGGGACUGCGACCGUUCCCCGGUCCAAGGAAGAUGGCCGACGAUCUGCAAAAACCUUACUCCUGGUCGCUGCUUGCCCAGUGACUAUCUUGACUAGUGCCGUUCUCUUCUUGGCCUUUGGAUGGGCUGUAGGCGUGGUGACACUGACUUCGGUGUUCCUGGGAUCCCCGAUCGAGGAGGGCGGCUAUUCAUUCUCUGCCCUCCAGGUCGCCUGUUUCACUUUUAUCCAGUGGCUGGGUGUAGCUGCCGCUGAGACAUGGGGCUUUUUUCUCAAUGAUCGCAUUCCAUUGUGGUUCACCCGUCGAUACUGCAACGGAGUCUGGAAGCCCGAGAAUCGGCUUUUCCCUCUGCUCUGUAUGCCAGCAAUUGUGCUUCCUAUCGCGCUAGGGCUGUUUGGUGCUGGCUUACAGUACCAUUUACAUUACAUGGUCUUGGGCCUGGCAAUCUUCUUGAUACAGCUCACCGAGGUCUCCCUUGUUCCAGUCAUAGUGAACUAUGGCGUGGAAUGCUUUACAGAUCACUCACAAGAAGUUUUCAGUAUCCUGAAUUUUUGGCGGCUGGCACUGGGUGUUGUUAUUCCUUUCUUCAUCCGCGAGUGGCAAGAUACUGUAGGUACGGCCUGGGUAUUUGGGAUGAUGGCGCUUUUCAGCGUCAUUGCAUUCUCCCUCGCCGGCCUGCUGGCCUGGAAGGGAGACAAGCUCCGUCGCUACUCAUUUACCAGUCUCCAAAAGUCCGAAGGUGGGGUGCAGUUGAUUCAUCACUAG